GUUCUAGUUUGCUCUGUUUUUUUGUUAAUUCUUUCCAAUGUGUCAAGUAAUUCUCUUUUUGUUUUCUCAUGAUUUGGUUGUGUUGUUGUUGUUGUCCUGGGGCUCUGUGAGGUCUGUUUGUGUUUGUGAACAGAGCCCCAGGACCAGCUUACUUAGGGGACUCUUCUCCAAGUUCAUCUCUCUGUAGGUGAUGGCUUUGUUAUGGAAGGUUUGGGAAUCGCUUUCUUUUAAGUGGUUAUAGAAUUGAACGGCUCUUUUCUGGAUUUUGAUCAUUAGCGGGUAUUGGCCUAAUUCUGCUCUGCAUGCAUUAUUUUGUGUUUUUCGUUGUACACAGAGGAUAGUUUUGCAGAAUUCUGCAUGCAGAGUCUCAAUUUGGUGUUUGUCCCAUUUUGUGAAUUCUUGGUUUGUGAGCGGACCCCAGACCUCACAACCAUAAAGGGCAAUGGGUUCUAUAACUGAUUCAAGUAUUUUUAGCCAGAUCCUAAUUGGUAUGUCGAAUUUUAUGUUGCUUUUGAUUUACAUUUUUAGUCAUUUAGCAGACGCUCUUAUCCAGAGUUACUUACAGUUAGUGAGUGCAUACAUUUUUCAUACUGCCCCCCCGUGGGAAACGAACCCACAACCUUGGCGUUGCAAGCGCCAUGCUCUACCAGCUGAGCUACAGGAUGGCACAGAAGGCCCUUCUUGCCUUGUCUCUCAGAUCGUUCACAGCUUUGUGGAAGUUACCUGUGGCGCUGAUGUUUAGGCCGAGGUAUGUAUCGUUUUUUGUGUGCUCUAGGGCAACGGUGUCUAGAUGGAAUUUGUAUUAUCUCUCUCUCUCUCUCUCUCUCUCUCUCUCUCUCUCUCUCUCUCUCUCUCUAUCUCUCUCUUCUCUCUCUCUCUCUCUCUCUCUCUCUCUCUCUCUCUCUCUCUCUCUCUCUAGCCUGUGAGUGUAGUCUGGAAGGUACAGUCACUCGGUUCUGUGACCAGCUGACUGGGCAGUGCCCGUGCCACCAGGGUGCGUUUGGCCAGCAGUGCGAUGGCUGCCAGGCAGGACACUGGGGCUUCCCCAACUGUAAGCAGUGCCUGUGUAACGGACAUGCUGAGGAGUGCCACCAGAGGACCGGAGCAUGUCUCAACUGCAGGGACAACACUGGAGGGGACAAAUGUGACAGGUUAGGAUUCACCAUGGGGACAGUUGGGGAUCUGGGGAUAAGUGUGAAGGUACCGGUAGUAAAUGUAAUGCUAUUGACAAGCUUAAUGCUAUUGCUGUAUUUCAAGGUGUGCCAAAGGUUACUACGGCAACCCGGUGCUGGGCACAGGUAACGGUAACCAAUGCCGGCCCUGCCCCUGCCCGGAUGGCCCAAACAGCGGAAGACACUUCGCUACCUCCUGUCACCAGGACAACCGCAACAGACAGGUGGUCUGCAACUGUAACCAAGGAUACACAGGUAUAGCUCACGCCUCAUGUCUUGUCUCUCUCCUUCCUGUUCUUCCUCCUCUUCCUUAGCCAGGGAAGUGGAUGAUGAAGAACAGUUUGAUCAUGUCUGCAUGAAUGAGCAGAUGCAUCAUAGGGUUAAUUAAUGAUGCACUGUGAAUGGAGAUGAUCGGUUAGUGUGAUUAAACUCAGGCAAAAUGUCCAUGGUGUGAUAUUCCAAGUCAUUCGCCAUGGUGGGUCUUUUGGUGACCCAAAUAAAAAAUCUUUGGACAAUAGUCAAGUAGAAAGUUUCUCCUACCAGGACGAAUGUGGAAUGAUAACGUGUGUUGUCUCCUCCCUUACCCAACUUGGCACAGGGGGGAUGGUUAAGCGCUCCGAGGGCUCCUUCAAGCGUGAGUAAUGAUGAUGGGAAACCCCCGCCCUCCCUAAAAAAGAAACUGCCCCCUGCAUGGCUUCAGCACCCCUCCCAUCUAUGGUGCUGUGCCACAGUACACGUCAACUAUGACAGACAAAUUGAGAGAAAAAAAAUCCAGAAAAUCACAUUGUAGGAUUUGAAAUGAAUUUAUUUGCAAAUUAUGGUGGAAAAUAAGUAUUUGGUCACCUACAAACAAGCAAGAUUUCUGGCUCUCACAGACCUGUAACUCCUCCACUCGUUACCUGUAUUAAUGGCACCUGUUUGAACUUGUUAUCAGUAUAAACUCCACUAUGGCCAAGACCAAAGAGCUGUCAAAGGACACCAGAAACAAAAUUGUAGACCUGCACCAGGCUGGGAAGACUGAAUCUGCAAUAGGUAAACAGCUUGGUUUGAAGAAAUCAACUGUGGGAGCAAUUAUUAGGAAAAUGGAAGACAUAAAAGACCACUGAUAAUCUCCCUCGAUCUGGGGCUCCACGCAAGAUCUCACCCCGUGGGGUCAAAAUGAUCACAAGAACGGUGAGCAAAAAUCCCAGAACCACACGGGGGGACCUAGUGAAUGACCUGCAGAGAGCUGGGACCAAAGUAACAAAGCCUACCAUCAGUAACACACUACGCCGCCAGGGACUCAAAUCCUGCAGUGCCAGACGUGUCCCCCUGCUUAAGCCAGUACAUGUCCAGGCCCGUCUGAAGUUUGCUAGAGUGCAUUUGGAUGAUCCAGAAGAGGAUUGGGAAAAUGUCAUAUGGUCAGAUGAAACCAAAAUAGAACUUUUUGGUAAAAACUCAACUCGUCGUGUUUGGAGGACAAAGAAUGCUGAGUUGCAUCCAAAGAACACCAUACCUACUGUGAAGCAUGGGGGUGGAAACAUCAUGCUUUGGGGCUGUUUUUCUGCAAAGGGACCAGGACGACUGAUCUGUGUAAAGGAAAGAAUGAAUGGGGCCAUGUAUCGUGAGAUUUUGACUGAAAACCUCCUUCCAUCAGCAAGGGCAUUGAAGAUGAAACGUGGCUGGGUCUUUCAGCAUGACAAUGAUUCCAAACACACCGCCCGGGCAACGAAGGAGUGGCUUCGUAAGAAGCAUUUCAAGGUCCUGGAGUGGCCUAGCCAGUCUCCAGAUCUCAACCCCAUAGAAAAUCUUUGGAGGGAGUUGAAAGUCCGUGUUGCCCAGCGACAGCCCCAAAACAUCACUGCUCUAGAGGAGAUCUGCAUGGAGGAAUGGGCCAAAAUACCAGCAAGAGUGUGUGAAAACCUUGUGAAGACUUACAGAAAACGUUUGACCUGUGUCAUUGCCAACAAAGGGUAUAUAACAAAGUAUUGAGAAACUUUUGUUAUUGACCAAAUACUUAUUUUCCACCAUAAUUUGCAAAUAAAUUCAUAAAGAAUCCUACAAUGUGAUUUUCUGGAAAAAAAAGUUGACGUGUACCUAUGAUGAAAAUUACAGGCCUCUCUCAUCUUUUUAAGUGGGAGAACUUGCACAAUUGGUGGCUAACUAAAUACUUUUUUCCCCCACUGUAUGUUAUACUGGGCACAUACAGUCAGUGCUUGUUACUCACGCUGGCUCACACAGGGCACCAAGCAGCAGGGACAGUCAAACAACUGAAAACAACAGAAUCUCUGCCACGCUGCAUUUUGUCCUGUGAUUCUCUGCCUCCGUUACAGACACAAAAUACAGGAACAGGUCCAUCACUCAUAGCAGACAAGCUGGAGCUGUGAGCGUGAGACUACGUCUACCUAUGUGUUCACUCACACCCACUGUGAGCCUGUGACAGAUAGACAAAUCUUCACAGCUGCUUUACUCUGCUUUAGAUAGCUUUGCUGCUACAAUCAUGAAGUGCUUUACCGUAAAGCACAGUGGAACAAACAAAGUCUCUGCAACCAAACCCUAACCCUAACCCUAAGAUGUGGUAUCAAACUGUGGUAUCAAGCUCGGUGGUAUCAAGAUGUGGUAUCAAGCUCGGUACUUAAUGUAAUCUGCAAUUGAAAAUAACUUACAGUAGAAAUGACCCUCAAUUUAUUGGGCCCUCUGUGUCUUCUUGCCUUGUUGUAUACAUUUAGGUCUUUCAGUUUCCACAAAAGAAUAGUAUCACAAUGCCCGUUUAUCAUUCAAGUGAGGAAAUAUUUUCUGUCAAGUGAGGAAAAUCCUAUGUGGUAUUCAACUAGGGGUUAGAAUACAGUACUUCCCUGCUAGGAGUGACCUCUCUCUCCUUGUUUUGCUGGAGAGACCUCAAGACCAGCAGCUGUAGGUUGUCUGUCAAACCCAAAAGUCAGCCGCCCUCCACCCCAGCAUACUCUGCCCCCUGCAGCCGUCAGUUGGACAAAAAAAUGCGAAGUAUGUCUCCCUUCCUCUGAAUCCAUCCUUAGAAAAUAUAGGCUCUCUGUGAGAGAAGCUAAUCGUUCACAGUGUCUGCCAAAAGGCUGAAGCACAGUGUUGUGUUAGAGACCACCUAAAGCCAGACCGAUUUGAAGACCAAGACCGGAGCAAAUUGAGUCCGAGUCAACACCGAGACCAGAACAAUGCAAGUCCAAUUCAAGACCAUGAUUGUAAUCGAGUCAAAUCGCCACCAUAAUAAGAGUAAAAAAUGCCCAGUAUUUCUGUUUUCAUAUUUCAGAAGAUUAUAUGGAUAGUUUAGACAUUCAGAAUGGUGAAAUGAAUGCAUGCUGAGGAAAAUAGAGAAACACUCUACAAAUGGUCACUAACCCAAACAGGUUAGAUAGAAAUACCAAAUAUGUAACAACUUCCUCAGUCUGCCCUUACUUGGUGACCGUGCAACUUUCGAACAAUUUCCACCACUCUUUCCCUACUAGCUGCACGGAGUGAGUUGACGUUUAUUGGGAUGAGUUUUGUCCUUGAGGCAGAGCUGAGCGAUUUCCACUAGAUGGGCCAGUGGCAAAGUCAAAAUUAGCUAUAUAGGCCUACAGUAAAAAUUCAUGAAGACCCAAAUGUGCUUUUUGGUCUUAAUUUAAGGUAAGGGUUAGGCAUAAGGUUAGCAGUGUGGUUAAGGUGAGGGUUAAAAUCAGAUGUUAUAACUUUGUGGCUGUGCCAGCUAGUGACUACCCUGGCAGAGCUGCCUCCAGUACAUGAGUCAGCCCAAUAAAUGCCAACCUGCACUAGCGGAACAAGAAAAUUCAGACGAGUGCGAAAUGGUUUGAGCGACAAGAUUUGAGCAUACAAGGGUGCUGAUCAUUUUUUUGUAGGGCCAGCGCUACAGACCUCUAAUACAGGACUAGUAAAGGUCCAGUGCACUACUUUUGUGAAGAAAUGUAUUUUCUUCCAAAGAUAUAUAUUAUUUGAUUAACAUAUAUAUAUAUACACUGCUCAAAAAAAUAAAGGGAACACUUAAACAACACAGUGUAACUCCAAGUCAAUCACACUUCUGUGAAAUCAAACUGUCCACUUAGGAAGCAACACUGAUUGACAAUACAUUUCACAUGCUGUUGUGCAAAUGGAAUAGACAACAGGUGUAAAUUAUAGGCAAUUAGCAAGACACCCCCAAUAAAGGACUGCUUUGCAGGUGGUGACCACAGACCACUUCUCAGUUCCUAUGCUUCCUGGCUGAUGGUUUGGUCACUUUUGAAUGCUGGCGGUGCUUUCACUCUAGUGGUAGCAUGAGACGGAGUCUACAACCCACACAAGUGGCUCAGGUAGUGCAGCUCAUCCAGGAUGGCACAUCAAUGCGAGCUGUGGCAAGAAGGUUUGCUGUGUCUGUCAGCGUAGUGUCCAGAGCAUGGAGGCGCUACCAGGAGACAGGCCAGUACAUCAGGAGACGUGGAGGAGGCCGUAGGAGGGCAACAACCCAGCUGCAGGACUGCUACCUCCGCCUUUGUGCAAGGAGGAGCAGGAGGAGCACUGCCAGAGCCCUGCAAAAUGACCUCCAGCAGGCCACAAAUGUGCAUGUGUCUGCUCAAACGGUCAGAAACAGACUCCAUGAGGGUGGUAUGAGGGCCCGACGUCCACAGGUGGGGGUUGUGCUUACAGCCCAACUCUGUGCAGGACGUUUGGCAUUUGCCAGAGAACACCAAGAUUGGCAAAUUCGCCACUGGCGCCCUGUGCUCUUCACAGAUGAAAGCAGGUUCACACUGAGCACAUGUGACAGACGUGACAGAGUCUGGAGAAGCCGUGGAGAACGUUCUGCUGCCUGCAACAUCCUCCAGCAUGACCGGUUUGGCGGUGGGUCAGUCAUGGUGUGGGGUGGCAUUUCUUUGGGGGGCCGCACAGCCCUCCAUGUGCUCGCCAGAGCUUAAAUUAAGACUGCCAUUAGGUACCGAGAUGAGAUCCUCAGACCCCUUGUGAGACCAUAUGCUGGUGUGGUUGGCCCUGGGUUCCUCCUAAUGCAAGACAAUGCUAGACCUCAUGUGGCUGGAGUGUGUUAGCAGUUCCUGCAAGAGGAAGGCAUUGAUGCUAUGGACUGGCCCGCCCGUUCCCCAGACCUGAAUCCAAUCGAGCACAUCUGGGACAUCAUGUCUCGCUCCAUCCACCAACGCCACGUUACACCACAGACUGUCCAGGAGUUGGCGGAUGCUUUAGUCCAGGUCUGGGAGGAGAUCCAUCAGGAGACCAUCCACCACCUCAUCAGGAGCAUGCCCAGGCGUUGUAGGGAGGUCAUACAGGCACGUGGAGGCCACACACACUACUGAGCCUCAUUUUGACUUGUUUUAAGGACAUUACAUCAAAGUUGGAUCAGCCUGUAGUGUGGUUUUCCACUUUAAUUUUGAGUGUGACUCCAAAUCCAGACCUCCAUGGGUUGAUAAAUUUGAUUUCCAUUGAUAAUUUUUGUGUGAUUUUUGUUGUCAGCACAUUCAACUAUGUAAAGAAAAAAGUAUUUAAUAAGAUGAUUUCAUUCAUUCAGAUCUAGGAUGUGUUAUUUUAGUGUUCCCUUUAUUUUUUUGAGCAGUGUAUAUAGAUCUUCUAUAGUUCUUCAAAGAACCCCUUUUAAUGGAUCCUCAAAGAACCUUUUGAAGAACCUUUUGGAGUACAUUUCUGAACUACCCCCCCCCCUAUUAUUAUUAUCAUUAUUAUUAAUAAUAAUACACUUAACAAUAACAACAAUAAAACAAUAUUUAAGUUUUCAGUGUUUAUAAUUAUCCAAAUAUGAGGUAAACUCCCAGCAGAGCCCCAAGUCCAAUGGGUAUAUCCUCUGGCGUGUUGAUGUUAAUGUGUUGAUGUUCUCCGUAUCCAUAGCCAGAAUGAUUUUGCAGAGCAUGGUAAAUCUGAUCUGCAUAACAUACCAAUACCAAUUGACAUACCUUUGUAUGCCUUCUCGUCUGUAUACCUACAGACACAAAAGUGAGCAGUUCAGUCAUCUGCACCCAAUACAGCUAGCCGUCAACAUAUCCUUAUAGCCUACAGUACAUAUUCUUACCUCUUUGUUGAUUGAUAUCCAUUGAAUUGUGUCGAUUCUCUGUUUUAGAAAGAUUUGCACAAAUAUGAAAAGAUAAAUGGUAUAAUCAUAAAACAAUAUCAAUUUAGAUCAUACAAGGGACAAACCUUACCUUAAAUUGAGGAGAUCUUUACAUUUUUCAGUUAAGUGCCUUCACCUGCUGUCCUUUCAAAUUCAAAUCCAAAUGUUUCAGUUGGGCAGUUAGGUUCCUGCAAGAACCCCCACCAACUAAGGAGGUUCCUCGAUGAACCCCACCUCCUAUGGGGUUCUUGGAAGAACCUUUUGGGGGCCAUUUUCAGUGCCAAGAAUCCUAAGGUUAUUUGAAGAACUUUGAGGAUCUUAGAACAACCCUUGUUUAAACCCACAUUUUUUUAGUGCAGGAAGCAAUAAGAUAUUCAUGUAUCAUGACAUAAGUGUGGAUAUUUGGCCUGGCGUUUUUAUGCGCUGACUCAAUGCGAGCUGAUAAUUAGUUUUUUACUCCGCUGGUCUCGGCCGGUCUCGGGAAGAAAUUACAAGUCCUCAUUGUCCAAGACCGAGUCAAGACAAAGUAAAAAUGUAUUUGACACCGAGACAAGACAGAGACACUCAAUAUAUGGUCUCGAGAACGGACUCGACAACACUGCUGAAGCAUAAUCCACUCUGCAACAGUGCGAUCACAGACCUCCUCACUAAUCACUGUUAAUCCCCUGGGUAAGCAAACUCCCCUUUAACCCAAGAUGUAAUAGCAUUGCACAAUGAUAAAAUAUGAAAGAUAUUCAGGUUUAUAACAUAAUGUGAACAUUAUGAGUAACAUUCUGAUAACUUUACUGAUAAUCACUGAGGUGGGUUUCACCACAUGUCUCUGUCUGUCUGCAGAAGCUAUCACACUAGAAGCUUCUCCCUUAAGUCUACUGGAAAACUGUUUGGAAAUACUUGGAAAUACCAAGUCAUUUUUCACCCUCACCCAGCCAAUAAAUAUCUCAAUCUCAACAUGAGAUUUUCCACUUUCCAUCUCUCUCCAUCCAAAAAUCUCCCUACUUCUCCCUCAACCUUUUGUCCUAUUGGUCACAGGUUCCCGGUGUGAGGAGUGCGCCCCUGGUUACUAUGGUAACCCCUCCCAGCCAGGUGGGCGGUGCCAGCCGUGCAGGUGCAGUAACAACAUUGACAUGUCAGACCUGGAUGCAUGUGACCGGAGGACAGGAGAGUGUAAGAAGUGUCUCUACAACACAGAGGGACCAGACUGUGGCGUGUGCAAGAGCGGUUACUAUGGAGAUGCCUCGCGACGCAACUGCAGAAGUGAGUGACCGUUGAAGCAUCCUUUUUACACACACAAAAAAACUUGAGAACCAUUCGUUUUAAUCAUUGUUGCAUUUUAGACUGUAUAUGUUGUGCAGUAAAGUUUUAAUCUAUUUUCUUCUGUUUCCUCAGAGUGCACCUGUAACUUCCUGGGCACAGAGCAAAGCCAGUGUACAGCGCGGGAUGAGUGUGUCUGCCAGCGUGCCACGGGGCAGUGCCAGUGUCUACCCAACUCUAUCGGCCUGACAUGUGACCACUGUAAGCCCAACUACUGGAACCUGGCUAGUGGGCGGGGCUGUGAGGCCUGCAGCUGUGAACCCAACAACGCUGUAAACCCGGCCUGCAACGAGGUGUGGAUGUGUGUGUGUGUGUGUGUGUGUGUGUGUGUGUGUGUGUGUGUGGUUUCAUUACUAAGGUACUUUAUGGGAUAAACCUCGUCUCUGACCUCAUGCUCAUGUUUGUCCUCUCUGUGCCCCAGUUCACUGGAAAGUGUCAGUGUCGUGAUGGAUUUGGUGGGAAGACCUGCACAGACUGCCAAGAGAACUACUGGGGCGACCCCAGGAUCCAGUGCAGAGGUCAGCAUUAGCAGCAGUGCCAUGUAGCAUGUUAUUCAUAAGUUUGGCAUCAAAAUAUCAGCAGCAGACAUAUACUAACGAUCCCCGACUUCCUCUCUGUCCAUCUCUCUCUCUCUCCAUCUCUCUCUCUCAUCUCUCUCUCCAUCUCUCUCCCUCUCCAUCCCUCUGUCCAUCUCUCUCUCUUCAUCCAUCUCUCUCUCUCUCUCUCCAUCUCUCUGUCCAUCUCUCUCUCUUCAUCUCUCUGUCCAUCUCUCUGUCCAUCUCUCUCCACCUCUCUCUCUUCAUCUCUCUCUCCAUCUCUGUUUCUACAUAUCUCUCUCCAUCUCUCUCUCUCUUCAUCUCUCUCUCCAUCUCACUCUCUCUCUUUUUGUCUCUCUCUCCAUCUCUCUCUUCAUCUAUCUCUCCAUCUCUCUCUCUCAGCCUGUGACUGUGACCCCCGGGGCAUAGAGACCUCUCAGUGUGGCCAGAAGUCAGGCCACUGUGUGUGUCAACAGGGGGUGUCGGGCGUGCGUUGUGACCAGUGUGCCCGGGGCUUCUCAGGCCAGUUCCCUAACUGCCAGCCCUGCCACCAGUGCUUCGGGGACUGGGACCGGGUGGUACAGAACCUGGCUGUCCGAACCAAGACCCUGUCGGAGCGGGCUCUGGAGAUCCAGACCACGGGCCUGACUGGAGCCUAUGAGAAGGCUUUCAGAGAACUGGAGGAGAAGCUGGCACUGGCCCAGGGCAUCGUCAACGCCCGCAACACCACCGCAGAGGCAGUCGGCAGCCUGAUGGAGCUCAUUGAAGACCUCAGGUACAAGACAUACUGUACACACCGACACUAUUAUACUUUACAUAACAAUACACAGACAAAGGUAGACUCUGUCUGAAUAAAGAUUCACCAUGAAUAUGCCUCUUCUCCGGUUUUGUAGUUUUAACUGUAAUUUCCUUCUGCUUUUCUGCUGCAGGUCUCAGAUAGGGGAGACCACAGACGCACUGAAUCAUCUGGAGGGAGACCUGACCAGUGUGGGGAACAGUAACGUUGAGGCCAGUAAUGAGCUCAGUGCUCUGGAGAGAGAGGCCAAAGAGCUCAAGUUGACCUCAGAUCAGCUCCACCGCCAACUGGACAUCCUCAAGAACUCCAACUUCCUGGGUGAGCAGAGACUUCCUGUCCCCCUUCCACCAGAGGGAUUCUGGGAGACGUAGUGCUCUAAUGGCUGGUGUUAUCAAUGUUUUUUUUUGUAUAAAUACUUUUGAAAUAAAUGUUAAAUGUGUCUUUCUUAUUUUUUGGCCCCUCUCCUUCCCCCAGGAGCAUAUGAAAGCAUCCGCAGCUCCUAUAAUAAGUCCCGUGACGCAGAGCAGCGAGCCAACCAGUCCACCACUACCACGCCCAGCACUGUCAGCCAAUCAGCAGACACCCGCCGCAAGACAGAACACCUCAUCUCUGCCAAGAAAGACGGCUUCAACCGCAAGAACGCCGCCAACAAGCGAGCCCUGGGGGACCUCAAUGCCAAGGCACAAACCCUGGACAUGAAAAAGAUCAACGAGAAGGUGAAGAAAGCAUCAUCUCUGUUGUCUAAUUUAAAAAAGUGAAAAUAGCAACAACAAUAAAAACAGCUAAAUACAAACUGUCAGAGUUCAUGGAAAGUUAUGAAAAUCUACUAAUCUGAUACAUGUUCCAUCCCACCCCCUUUGACCAGGUCUGUGGGGCCCCUGGCGAUGCCCCCUGUGCAGAGAGCCAUUGCGGAGGGGCAGGUUGCCGUGACGACGAGGGGAACAGGCACUGCGGUGGCCUGAACUGCAACGGUGCUGUAGCGGUGGCAGAUAACGCCUUGGAGAGGUCUAAGCAUGCAGAGAAAGAGCUGAACAAAGCCAUGGGGGAGGUAGAGCAGCUCUUCCACAAGGUCAGUUACACCAAGUAACACUGUCUGGACAGGGAAUGAAGACAUGCUAAAUCUAUUGUGACAUGUCAUAAAUGCAUACAUACCCCUGUAUCACCUACAGUAUGAGGGAACAUUUACAUUUUAGUCAUUUAGCAGACAGUUAUUUAGAGCGACUUACAGUUAAUGCAUUCACUAGGUGAGACAACCACAUAGUACAGUCAUAGUAGGUCAAAUGUUUCCACAAUGAAGCAGCUAUCAGCAAAGUCAGGGUAAUUGAUAACAGUUAUCCCUGGUUCUCUGUAUCCCCCUGUUUGGCUUCUCAGGUGGCAGAUGCCAAGAGCAAGGCGGAGGAGGCAAAGGGUAAAGCUCAGGCAGCUCUGGACAAGGCCACUAACACCAAGAACAAGGUGGAGCGCUCCAACAACGACCUGCGGGACCUCAUCAAGCAGAUACGGGACUUCCUCAUGCGUGAGUUAGCUACUAGGAAAAGAUUUUGGCAAAGUGACAGAGAAUUCAAAUGUUAGAGGAAAGUGAGUUUCCGACCUUGGGCUACAUGGGACCAUACAAGCAAUUGAUCUUGAACUCAGGAUCAUCAUCAUGAUCAGCAUCAUAAUCAUGAAGUAUUCAUUUCCAAUCUACGUCAAAAAUCUCUUUGCUGAUCUGAGUAUAUUUUCUGUCUCCUUGCAGAGGAGGGUGCUGAUCCAGACAGCAUUGAGACGGUAGCUAACCGUGUCCUGGAGUUGUCCAUCCCAGCCUCACCACAGCAGAUCAGACACAUGGCAGAGGAGAUCAAGGACCGGGUCCGAAGCCUCUCCAAUGUAGACGCCAUUCUGAAACAGACACAGGACGACGUGCGCAAAGCAGAGCAGCUUCUGCAGGAGGCCAAGAAGGCCAGGUGUGUGUGUGUGUGUGUGUGUGUGUGUAUGUAUCUUGUAUUUAGAGGGUCAAGUCAAAGGGAAUAGUCCAGUACGGCAAAACGCUCCUGAUUCCAACAUGUGUUUCCGUUCUGUAGGAAUCGGGCAGACAGGGUGAAAUCCACAGCAGAGAUGGUGAAACAGGCACUCGAGGACGCUAAGACGGCCCAGGCUGCAGCGCAGAAGACCAUACAGCGGGCUAAGGCGGACAUUGGUGAAACGGAGGCCCGACUAGCACAGGUACAGUAGGUUCUCAACUGAGUGGACUCCAUCUGUAUGCAGUUUGAUGGGAUGAAGGGAUCAAGAGAUACUACAUUCCUGAUGUUUUCCCUGCUCGUAGAUCGUGUCUCAAACCACCAGCAGUGAACAUGACCUGAAUGAUGCCAUGGACCGCCUGGGCAACCUGGGUCGGGAGAUUGAUGGUCUGAAACUCAAACGUGCAAACAACAGCAUGGCAGCAGCUCGAGCUGAGGAGACAGCCACUAUGGCACGGGACAAAGCCAAUGAUGCCAAGCAGGUGUGUGUGUGUUCAUUCUAUGUGGGUGUGUGUUCAUUUCAUGUGUAUAUUUGGGACUUUAAUACUGUGACUGUUACUAAUCUUCUUUCUCUCAGAUUUUAGAUGGCGAGCUGACAGAUAAGUAUCACACAGUGCAGGACUUGGUGGACAGGAAAGCCAAGACCGUCCAGGAGGCCAAGAAGAAAGCAGAGCGCAUGAGAGACGAGGCCAAGGAGCUACUAAAAGAUGCCCAGAACAAGCUCCGGAGACUAGCAGGUGUGUGGGAGGGACCCUGGAGGGAACUGGGCCUCCUUUGUUUAAUUAAGAGCAGAAUUGUUUUUGAUUUACGCAAGCUAACCUUUGGAGAAUAGCAAAGGCAACAUUGCCCUCUUGUGGUUAAACAGUGUCACUGUAUUGUCUGAAUUUGUCUGAUGGUGUGCUCAAACCAGAGAGCUGUACAUUUUACGUUUACAUUUUAGUCAUUUAGCAGACGCUCUUAUCCAGAGCGACUUACAGUUAGUGCAUUCAUCUUAAGAUAGGGUGGUAGGUAGCUUAGUGGUUAAGAGCGUUGUGCCAGUAACCGAAAGGUCGCUGGUUCUAAUCCCCGAGCCGACUAGGUGAAAAUCUGUCGAUGUGCCCUUGAGCAAGGCACUUAACCCUAAUUGCGCCUGUAAGUCGCUCUGGAUAAGAGCGUCUGCUAAACAACAACAAAAAAGAUAGCUAGGUGGGACAACCACAGGCAUAAUAAGUACACUUUUACUCAAUAAAUUAGUUAUCUACUUUAGAUAGGAGUCAAGUGCAAGGUUCAGGAUUAUUAUUUUUAUUUUUUUGGGGGGCAGAGGUUGAGGUGAGGAGGGGGAUUAUUGAAGAUACUGUUUGAAGAGGUAGGGUUUCAGGUGCUUACGGAAGCUGUCCUAGCUUCAGGGGGAAGCUGGUUCCACCAUUGGGGUGCCAGGACAGGUCUAUGUCAGUCAACCAGGUCUGGUUAUUCUGAGAUAAAACAUUAAGAUAUAAACUUGACAUACUUUAUAUCCACAGAACUAGAGAAAGACUAUGAAGAGAACAAGAAAACGUUGGAGGGCAAAGCCCGGCAGCUGGACGGCCUAGAAGACAAGAUGAAGGCUAUCCUCAACGACAUCAACAAACAGAUCCAGAUCUACAACACCUGUCAGUAACAGCCAGGACCUGGCUGGUCAAACCAACACUGACUGACUGCAGACACUAUGUGAAACUACUACUGCUUUACUCUGCUGAGCCUGUAGGGUGUACACUGUAUGCUCUCUAGUGGGGGGGCUCAGUACUGCACCUACAGCCAUGAAGGCGCUUGUCCGACUACACUGUAACUGUGCCUUUUGAUUGUGAGAUUUCACACAUCUAAUAUAACAUUGUGUGCCCUCAGUGUAUUACUGUGUGACUUUCAACUGAAGGAUGGAAGUGCCUCCACAUGACAUUUACAAAAAUAAUAAUCAAUUUGUGUGUAGAAUACAAAACAUGUGCACAUAUGUUUGCGCCAAAACUCAGAUCACCCCAAAACAUUGCCACAUUCAGAAUAUAAAUAAUGCCAAAAAAUUAGUUAUAUAUAUAGAUUGUUCUGGAUAAACAAUUAAU